CUUCAGCGUGACGUCAGUUAAUGGGGGAUUUACUUAAGCCUCUUGCGGCUCCGCGGCUCCUCUAAGAGGAUCGAACCAAGUAGCCUUUAAGUCUUGCUUUCCUUCUCGCCUUGCCGGAGCGGCGUCGCAGCCAGCCGACACGGAGGACCGAGCAGCCGGGGCAGAAUGAGCGCCGCGGCCGGCAUCGACUACAGCGUCUGGGACCACAUCUACGUGUCGGACGACGAGGACGUCGCCAGUCCGUUUGUGGAUACGCCGAGCUUAUUCAGGAUGAGACACCGGGCUCGUCUGGAGAAAAUGGCCGAGUUUCAGCAGAGGGGUGAAGACCUGGAAAGCAACUUUGCAGACUGCAAGAGGCUGCUGGAGGAGGCCCAGGCACACCUGAAGCACCUGGAAGAGGAGAGAGAGGAGGGAGGGGCGGACGAGGAGAGAGACGCCGAGCUGAAGAGCGUCCAGGCCCAGGUCAAGAAGCUGAGGAAGGACGAGAAGUCCUUCGAGAAACUGAUACAGGAGUACCGGCGAGAAGAAAAGAAACUGCCCUGGAACGUGGACACUCUCAGCAAAGAAGGUUUCAGCAAGAGUGUCGUCAAUGUCAAGCCUGCAACGAGGCAGGAGACGCAGCAGGGGAAAGUGGAAAAACACAAGACCUUUGUGGAGAAAUAUGCAAAAGAAAUCAAACACUUUGGUAUGCUGAGACGGUGGGACGACAGUCAGAAGUACCUGUCAGACAAUCCGCAUCUGGUGUGUGAGGAGACGGCGAACUGCCUCGUCGUCAUCUGCAUCGACUUCGAGAUCGAUGAGAAACACGGCCUGAUGGAGCAGGUGGCCCACCAAGCCAUCGUCAUGCAGUUCAUCCUGGACUUGGCGAAGACGGUCAAGGUGGACCCGAGAGGCUGCUUCAGGAUGUUCUUCUCAAAGAUCAAGACUGCGGACGAGGCGUACCUGGAGGAGUUCGAGCGGGAGCUGGAGCUGCUGAAGGAUCGGAUCCGCAGCUGCGCUCAGGCCCGCAUGAAGGACGCUAUGCAGGAGCUGGAGGAGGAGGAGAGGCAGAAGAGACUGGGUCCCGGCGGUCUAGACCCUGUAGAGGUCUAUGAAUCGCUACCGAAGGAAAUCCAGAGGAGCUUUGAUGAGAAGAACAUUCAGAUGCUGCAUGAAGCCAUGAACAAGCUGGGCUUUGAGGAAGGAAAAUACCACCUGAAGAGGUGCAUCGACUCUGGACUCUGGGUCCCUGAGUCAGCAGAGGACGAUGAUGGUGAUGACGAAGAGGAGGGGGAGGAAGAGGAGGGGGAGGAAGAUGAUUAA